UUGUCAAACAGUAAAGUUUCAGCGGACACCUCCAGAGCAAAGUGGCACCGGGAGGCAAAGUACGUCAGAUAAUUAGAGCUGCGGUGGCAAAAGGGGGAAAAUACCGAAACGUGUGGUGAAAAUAUCAAGCUCGCGAACCCGUGGUCUGUCACCUCCGCCUUGAAUUCAAAUUAAUUAUACGGGAAUUUAUAGAGAACCAGGAGCGCAAAUCAAGCUCGGACAUCAUCAUCAUUAUCACUGAUAGCUGGAACGUCUAGAGAACUUAAAAACAGCCUGCAACCCUCUGUCCCCACUUCUGAGAUGCCCUUGCCGAUAUGACGCUAAAAGAUUCAACGACUUUUCAGUAAGCCGGAGGUACGUCUGUGCUGCCUCCCUUUCAACAGCAUCCUCUAACACUUUGCUCACACGACGGCACUAACCGGAUGCAACCAUGCAUCUAGAGGUCAAGGUGGCCCUCAACUUUAUCGUGUCCUACCUGUACAACAAGCUGCCUCGUCGGCGGGCUGACCUGUUUGGCGAGGAGCUGGAGAGGAUUCUGGUCUCCCGCUUCGAGGGACACUGGUAUCCCGAGACCCCGCUUAGGGGAUCCGCUUUCCGCUGCAUCCACUUGGGGGCGCCGAGGGACCCUGUGGUGGAGCUAGCCGCCAAAAGAAGUGGACUGGACACAGAGGAGGUCCGCGCCAAUGUCCCCGCCGAGCUCAGCGUGUGGAUCGACCCUUAUGAGGUCUCCUACCAGAUUGGAGAGAAGGGGGCAGUGAAGGUGCUUUACCUGGAGGACCCUCCAGGCCUGGGUUGUGACAGCGAGAGGGCUGAGGCGGUUAACGGAGAAGGUAAAGGUGAGUCUGAGGUUGAGGAGGCCAAGAGCUUGGGAUUUAAUCCAGAUGCUCAGGUGUUUGUGCCAAUUGGAAGUCAAGCAUCUCCAGCACUCUUGCCAUCCCUUUCAAGCUCUCCCACACCUUUGACAGCUCAGCCUGGACUCUUUAGCUACCCCAGCUCCAGCACACCUACUGACCCUGGYGUCCAUUCAUCCAACACCUCCUCCCCUUCUCCUCCCAGCGGCGGUUUGCCAUACCUCCCCACUCAGCAGCCGCCUCAAGCCCUCCCUCCUGCCCGUCCACAACCAAUCACCUUCACCACUGCGAGCUUCGCCGCCACCAAAUUCGGUUCCACCAAAAUGAAGAAGUGCACUGGAGCCGGGUCGCCGGCCAACUCCGGUGUCAUUGUCCCGCCUUCGCAGAGGAUGCUCUCCCACUCUCCCACCACCAUCUCGGCACCAGAGCUGCUAAAGCACAAGCCCCUGUCGCUCUCUUUGCACUCCCUUGGAGGUCCAAUCCCCAGCCAGCUCUCCCCCAGCGCCAAAGAGUUCGUCUACCCAGGAUCCUCAGGCCCCUUUUUCUUCGACACAGACACCCAACCAAUGCAGCCACAAGCCAGCCCUUUCCAACCCUCGCACAACCUCGGCUCCAAUCCGACCUUCGACCCGUUCACCAGCCCUUCUCCUCAAAGCGUGGGCAUCCUCAGCAGCAGCGGAGGAAUCCCUUACGUGGAGAAACCGUCGUUUGACGGUUUGGGAAGCUACAGCCUGCAAUAUCCAAGCCAGUCUUUCCAGCCUGUGGUGCUGGCCAACUAAGCCUUCGUCUGGAACAAAGACACUUGGAUGCAGACAUGGGUGACUCUCCACUUGUUUUCAGUUUUUCUAACAAGAUAUUAUAAUGCUAACACGCAUCAAGAGUGGGUUUUGCUACAGAGAUUAAAAAAAUAAAUAAAAUAAAAAAUAAACAUCUCCAUAAUGUACAUUUUGUUAAGUAUCUCUACAUGACAUUUGUUUUGCCUGGACUCAUUUCUGUUCUCCUUCACGUCAACAUUGAUGGUUAGUUUCUUUCUACUUUUCUUUUCUGACGUGAAGCAUUUAUGUUCCACUCCUCUAGAGCAGCUCCAUUUUGCACUGCACUGUCAUGCUGUGAAAAAAAAGGACUUUGCCAAGUCCUGCAGGGAACGACUGCUGUGGAAAACUCAGCACUUUGCUCCGCAAUCUGCUCUGCCCUACUUGCCACAAAUACACAGGAGAAGGCGGGGUGGUGUGUGUGUGUGUGUGUGUGUAUAGUCCUGCUCCGUUUUGUUAUGGUUCGACCGAGGGAACGGUUGUUUGUCUCCGUUAUCGUCGGACGCAAUGCUCGUUAUCAGCGGCUGGAAUGAGCGGGAAUGAAUGAUGGGCGAGCGGAGAGAAAGGGCAGCACUGGAGAAUGUAUUGUCUGUCGAGGGGAAACCUUUUUGAAUGUAAAUGAGAAAUAAAUUCCAGUUUUAACAAUGCCGAUACCUCUAAUUAAAAAAGGUGUGUGGUCGGGGGCGGGGGGAGGACACAACACAGGGAAAUGUGCAGACACAAAUGCACCACGCGCAUCGACGCGCACGAUGUUCCAGUCAGCAGUGUGUGAAGGUGAACGGGCGAGGAGCAGGAGGUUGGGGAGGGGAUGCAGCAGCCUAAGCAGCAGCAGCGGCGGCGGAUUGUGAUAAAUGGCUUAGCAUGACUUUGACUAUGAAGGAGAGGUUUUUCCUCUGCAAGGAGGAAGAGGGAGGGAGACGGGGAGAGAAACUUCUAGACGAGCGCGAUGCCUCUGCGUCGUCCGGGGCGUACUGGAAAGCGCGCGCGUCCCGCGUUGAAACCCAGAGCACGUUCCCGGUGAAACUAAAACACUACACUAUUCUCUCCUCUCCUCUUGAAAUUCUCCUGCUGUCUCUUUCUCAAGCUGUUGCAAGACUUAAAAAAAAAAAAAAAA